AUGAUUCGCAACAGCAAAGCUAACCUUCUAUCUAUCUAUCUAUCUAUCUAUCUAUGUCAGUUUUUGUUUCUAUCUAUCUAUCUAUCUAUCUAUCAUUUUUUGUUUCUAUCUAUGUAUCUACCUAUCUAUCGAUCUAUCUCAGUUUUUGUUUGUUUCUAUCUAUCUAUCUAUCUAUCUAUCUAUCUCAUUUUUUGUUUCUAUCUAUUUAUCUACCUAUCUAUCGAUAUAUGUCAGUUUUUCUUUGUUUCUAUCUAUCUAUCUAUCUCAUUUUUUGUUUCUAUCUAUUUAUCUACCUAUCUAUCGAUCUAUGUCAGUUUUUCUUUGUUUCAAUCUAUCUAUCUAUCUAUCUAUCUAUCUCACUUAAAACAAUGCCAUAUCAAAUGCAUCUAUCUCUCUACCCCCAGCCCGUUCAUAUCUAUCUAUCUAUCUAUCUAUCUAUCUAUGGCUUAUUCCUUAUUUAUCUAUUUACCUAUGAUUCCUUAUCUGACGUAUUUAUAUAUUAUCUAUCUGUCUAUACGACUAUCUCAGAUCCCUUAUAUCUAUCUAUCUAUCUAUCUAUCUAUCUAUCUAUCUAUCUAUCUAUCUAUCUCAUUCUGUUCAUAUCUCUCUAUCUAA